AUGUUAGUGUUCAACUUGUGCUCGUUGUUAGCGUUGGCGUCGGCGUUGGUGGUCCCCCAAGAAAGCGAUGCUUUGGAGAAGAGAGACGACCCCAAGGUGGUGGAGGCUAUCCUCGACUUUGAAGGGCGCCAGUUCCACCCUACCGUCAAAGUGGGCUCGCUGGGCGAGACGUUCCACCCCACCCUCGACUCAGGCUCUGCCGAAACCUGGUUCGUCAACAACAACGACUGGGUCCACCACUCGACGCUGCUUGUUAACCUCACCACUCCCUUCCAUGUAGGGUUCCUUGGCCUGAAAAAGCCCAGAACCGGCUACUACGUCACCGAUACCAUGUAUUUCGACAACACCAAGACGGAGAACCUCCAGUUUGGCCUUGUUGACGAGUGGGAUACCACCUCCAACAAACGGGGGUUGAUAGGCCUCGCCCGAUGGACGGGCAAGUACGAUACCUUGCCCUUCCACUUGAAGACGACGGGCCAGGUUGAGCGUAAUGUCGCUUCGAUUUGGUAUAGCACUAAGAGGGACACCGGUAAGCUUAUCUUUGGCGGCUUCGACCAAGCAAAAGUGGGAUCGGAAUGGACCACUCACUCCGACCCAAAAACUUUUAAAGUGCCCGUGGUCAAAGUGACGACGGGGGGAGUCGACCACUACCCUGAUUUUGGCGAUUACCCGAUCGUUGUCGACACUGGUGCCCUGAAUUCGCUCCUCCCCAGAGCCAUUGUCAAACCCAUUGCCGAGUAUUACAAUGCCACUUUGGUGGGCAAGGAGUACGAAGUGUCGUGUAACCCUCCCGAGGGCCUGUUCCAGCUUACCCUUGGCUCGUUGGAGUUGGAUAUCCCGUUGAAGGAGUUUGUCCACCAGGCUCCGGGUAAGGCUGAGGGUAUUUGCACUAUUGGAGCCAGCAUUGCUGAGGACCGGGGUAACGUUACUCUUAUCGGCACGUCGCUUAUCAGUAGAGUGGUGACGCUUUUCGACUAUGAGAAGGGCGAGGUGUCGAUGGCUAAGCUCAUCGAUACCCCGGAAGAGAAUAUCGUGGCGGCUAAGUAA